CAUUCGCCUUCUUCUUCUUCUUCUUCUUCUUCUUCCUUUUUACAUUACAUUACAAAAAACCCACAUUCAUACGUUUCGCUUCAUUAUUUUCUCGAUCUCUUGCAAAUUUUUUCAAGUAAGUUCAUAAUGGAAUUCGAACAACAGUUUCAAGAAUCCAAAUAUGAAUGCCUUCUCUUCGAUGUCGAUGAUACUCUCUAUCCUUUUAGCUCUGGGUUGUCUGCACAAUGCACCAAGAACAUCAUUGAGUAUAUGGUGAAUAAGCUUAAUGUCGAGGAAAGCAAAGUUCCGGAUAUGUGUGCUCAACUCUAUAGGGACUAUGGGACAACAAUGGCUGGUCUUCGGGCUAUUGGCUAUGAAUUCGACCAUGAUGACUAUCAUAGUUUUGUCCAUGGGAGAUUGCCUUAUGAAUAUCUCAAGCCUGAUCAUGUUCUCAGAAGUCUUUUACAUAGUUUGCCCAUUAGGAAAGUGAUUUUCUCAAAUGCAAACGAGGCACAUGUGGCUGAAGUUCUCGGCCGGCUUGGAUUGGAAGAUUGCUUUGAUGAUGUUAUUUGUUUCGAGUCUUUGAACCCUAAACCCACUGAUACUCCUAAAAGUUCUGCUAUAGGAGAUAAUGACAAUGAAACCGUUGCUUUACUACCAAAGAGUCCUAUUGUCUGCAAACCAUUUGAAAACGCUUUUGAACAGGCUUUCCAGAUGGCAAAUAUUAACCCUCAUAAAACCUUAUUCUUUGAUGACAGUUUACGCAAUUUACAAACUGCAAAACUCACGGGUCUCAGUACUGUGUUGAUUGGGUCAUCACAGCGUAAAAAAGGGGUAGACUAUGCUUUAGAGAGCAUUCACAACAUAAGGGAAGCAUUGCCAGAACUAUGGGAGUCGGUCAACAAGUCAACAUAUGUUCCUCGUGCACAAAAAGUUGCAAUCGAGACUCCUGUUAAUGCCUAGAUCCAUAACUGUGUUAUACUUCUAACCUCAUAUGGUUCAACAUUUCGAAUCUUCACGUGUAACUGUAUUUUCUUCAAUGAUACAACUCUGGUUCUUACUC